AUGCGACUUCUUGGUAGCUUGCUUGUUUCUUUGUUCACCACCUCAGCCACUGCUUCGAUCUACGCGAAGCCCACCCCAUGUUCAGACGCAACGCCCUCUAGUGUUGUCUCGUGUUUUGGCCGAUGUGAGGAUGCGGAGCACUUGCAGGGGAACUUUGGGCAACCUUUGGAGAAGCCUAUAGGUAGUGGGGUAUAUGACUGCUGUUCACAUCCUGGCAAUGCUGGAGGGUGCGCUCGAUCUGUCGACACCGUUUCUCCUUCCCCCUUUGAGCUUCAUCAUUCCUCCACUCUCGUCCCUGAUGGUCGCGAAAGAGCGGCAGUGUCCGCUGAUUCAUCGAUCCUCCGCUAUGAGGUGCCGUUUGCUCAUAGGCCAUGGAGGGCUCGCAGAAGACACAGGGAUCUCAGCCUCCAUGCAAGGCAGAACGAUACGACGGAAUCGAUUACUGUAGAAGAAAUUGGACCGGACACAAUUUCUAACGGAGCAACGAUCUCCAGUAUUUCCACGUUUUAUAUCAUACCUUCCCUAACUUCUUCCGCCGACCCCACUAGUUUUGCAACAUCCGCGCCAGUCUCAGAUAGUAAUCCACAACCAUCCUCAACGCCAACAAAUGUAGACGGGAGCUCCUCAUCCCCUACGAUCGCUGGCUCGGCGUCGAUUGCCAUUAUGACAGGGGCCUCGGUGGCGUCCGCAGCAUCCGCCCGCACAGGCUCCCCGACGACAUCUGCCAUGUCCACAUUCUCUGUGACUCCAACUCCAACUGACUCACUGGAGACUUAUUACUCGCAGCCGUCGCUGCUUACAUUGACGUCUGUGCAGACUGGUAGCGCAUCCAUAUCCAUGAGUCCUAUCAGUGGUACACCGAUUCAAGCGGCGUCUUCGGACGCGUUCAGUACAUCCACAGAACGUGGACUCUUCGCUGCUCUCGUGCUAGCCUGUACUUUCUUCUGCAUCUUGGUGUUGCUUGGAGCACGAUGGUUGUACAGGCGCUACACCAGACCACAUUAUCCACCCACUUCGUUCAGCCCAACUACUCAUACGUUCGAAACUAACAGACCAUACCAGUAUGCAUCGCGGGACUCGCGGCACGACUCGGCGUGGUCAUCUAACAGGUUGCUUAUCAUCGCCAGGGAUCCGGCUCAUCCGUUCAGCCCGUCGACGCCAACCACGGGCAAUAGCGGUUCGCCGAUAUUCAGCUCCCAGCAUCUCAGCGACUACCGCGUCGAUUCCACCCAACUCCCGCCGCUCACCCCGAUCAGCAGGAUGAGCAUGUCCACGACCGAGGUCUUGGGGUCCAGCUGGCCGGCUGUCCCGACCGAGGCGGAGAUGGUCCAGCUGUCGGCACUCACUUCGACGCUGCGCCCUCUGCCAGCCAUUCCACGAGGCCGAGACAGUACGACUCGGUCGUCGCUUGCAGCUCUGAGCCACGCGCUGGAGGAGACCUGGGGUACCACCGAGUCGGCCUUCCUCGCGUCGGAUCCGUAUGGGCGCAGACAGGCCAGGGACGGUGGCGUCUGUAUUACCGGCGGACCUGGGGGAUCACGCUCAAGGAGCCUGACGGACGGUGUGAGCGAGUCAACGUUGCCCCCAGCGUAUGGGACAUACUCCGGCGGGAGAGCUUGA